AUGGAUGGUGCUUGCUCUAAGAAAUAUACGUACUGGAAAGAGGAACUAGGAAAGCCAUUUGUUGACUGUAUUCUGGAGCUAGUAGAGAAGGGGCAGAUCGUUGACGCCAACUGCAAGAAUGGGGCUUAUAACCAGUUAAAGAAACUGUUGCAGGAAAGAGUGUCGGGAUGCAGGGUCAAGGCAUAUCCUAACAUUGAAGGCAGGUUCAAAAAACUGAAAAAGAGAUGGCAUGCAAUAACAUUUAUGAGGAAACAAAGUGGUUGGGGAUGGGACGAGGUCAAUAAAUUCAUUGUAUGUCCCGAGGGAUCUUGGGAUGAUUUUGCGAACGUAAAUGAUGACUUGAUAUAUACACGUGUUUUUGUCCAUCAUUCCUAUACUGUUUGA